AUGGCUCCUACUUUCCUGAGAAAAUUUAGUCGUCGCCGCCGUCGCGAUGACAACAACAUCGUCGAGCCUUCUCCGCAUCCGGAAGCCCCAAAAAUGCGGGGAGCAAUACCAGCGCCACCAAUGUCGUCCACACACAACAAGCCCGAAAACAACUGGCAUGCAGAUGCUUAUAAGACAGAGAAGUACGAUGCAGUCUGCGGAUUCCACGCUCAGCCUGCCAACGCAUCCAAGACCGACACCGACCCGUCCCCACGAAACACUCAAGCCUUUAAAGAGCCCAGCGUUGACCUCUCAGACCAAGAACCAGCUUUCACCUGGCAGGACAUUAAGCCACGUGCGGAUCCCAACCCACCACCGAUCUUAGAAUUCUUCAACUUCGAACCAUCACCUACAGAGAAGGACAACCUCCUCGACAUGGAGACACAACCGCAGACCUCCGAGGUCGGGAACCCGCUCCCACAAUCUAGCCAGGCGCGGAGCGCAGGAGCAACAGCUCACUUCUCCACUGCGCACGAAGAACGAGAAAGACAAUGCGCUCUGGAGCGUGCAAUUCAAGCGAGACUGCUCGGGAUAUCCACUACUUUACCCCCCUACAACCAAGUGAGCGGUGCCGUGAUCGUGAACGACGAAGGCGUACCGCACUUCCUGUCGCCGGAAGAAGAGGAGGAACGACAGGCCUCUUUAAGGCGCGCGGUCGAGGAGAGGAUGCUGGGGCUUCCGCGCCGGACGAGCUUUACCUGGGCGCAACCGCAUGGCCCUUCGUUACCGUCGUACUCGCCUGCGACAUACAAAUAG